AGCUCCAACUCGGAUUGGUGAGAGUCAGGCGCUCCACGGUCGGCUUCUUGGCUGGGCUCAGAGUCGUGCCGCACCUGGUCGCCAGCGCAAAGGGCGAGGGAGAGCAUCUGUCUGUAUGUCCACGAAAGAGAGAAAGUAUAGUAAGCGGGUCUCGUUCUCCGAAGACGAAGAUGAGCAGUGCUGGAAAAAGGAGAACGGCGGUGUGGAUGCACAUUACGUGAAAUCCGUGAAGACCUUUAGAGAUUGCUCAGGAUACUACCGAUAUAAUAUGAAGACGGUGGACAGCCUCAGCCACCAGAGGAUGACCAUGCAGCGGGAUAAGGGCCGACGGCAGGCUAUACGCGGGCCGGCCUUCAUGUUCAACGCCCGCGGCACGAGCCUGACCUCGGAGGAGGAGCGCUUCCUGGACGCCGCCGAGUACGGCAACAUCCCUGUGGUGCGCAAGAUGCUCGAGGAGUCAGAGACGCUCAACGUCAACUGCGUGGACUACAUGGGCCAGAACGGCCUGCAACUCGCCGUGGGUAACGAGCACCUGGAGGUCACGGAGCUUCUCCUGCGGAGGGACAACCUGGCACGCAUUGGCGACGCCCUGCUGCUGGCCAUCAGCAAGGGCUACGUGCGCAUUGUGGAGGCCAUCUUGGCUCACCCGUCGUUCUUGAGCGGCGAGCGGCUGACACAGAGCCCGUGCGAGCUGCUGGACGACGACUUCUACUCGUACGACGAGGACGGCACGCGCUUCUCGCCGGAUAUCACGCCCAUCAUCCUGGCGGCGCACUGCACCAAGUACGAGGUGGUGCACAUGCUGCUGCUGAAGGGCGCGCGCAUCGAGCGCCCGCACGACUACUUCUGCAAGUGCAACGACUGCAUGGAGAAGCAGCGCAAGGACGCGUUUAGCCACUCGCGCUCGCGCAUCAACGCCUACCGCGGACUGGCCAGCCCCGCGUACCUCUCGCUCUCCAGCGAGGACCCCGUGCUCACCGCGCUCGAGCUCAGCAACGAACUGUCCAAGCUAGCCAACAUCGAGAAGGAGUUUAAGGAUAAAAAGAGCCAUAAAAAAGAGACUACGCAGCACAAUUGCUUCUCCCUGAAUGACUAUCGGAAGCUGUCCAUGCAGUGCAAGGACUUUGUAGUGGGCGUCCUGGACCUGUGCCGAGACACGGAGGAAGUGGAGGCCAUCCUGAACGGCGACAUCAGCGCCGAGCUGGAGGAGGGGCAGAAGCACCGCACGCUCCUCAGCCGCGUGAAGCUGGCCAUCAAGUACGAGGUCAAGAAGUUUGUGGCCCAUCCUAACUGCCAGCAGCAGCUGCUGACAAUUUGGUACGAGAACCUGUCGGGCCUGCGCGAGCAGACCAUCGUCGUCAAGUGCCUGGUGGUGCUGGUGGUGGCGCUGGGCCUCCCGCUGCUCGCCGUCGGCUACUGGUUCGCCCCCUGCAGCAAGCUGGGGAAGGUUCUCCGCAGUCCCUUCAUGAAGUUUGUGGCACAUGCCGCUUCCUUCAUCUUCUUCCUGGGCCUGCUGGUGUUCAACGCCUCCGACCGCUUCGACGGCAUCACCACGCUGCCUAACGUGACUGUCACCGACCACCCGCUGCAGAUCUAUCGGGUCAAGACCACACGUUUCACUUCUACCGAAAUUCUCAUCAUGGUGUGGGUGGCAGGGAUGAUGUGGUCGGAGUGUAAAGAGCUCUGGACAGAGGGCCCCAGGGAGUACAUCCUUCAGCUGUGGAACGUGCUGGACUUCGGGAUGCUUUCCAUUUUCAUUGCAGCGUUCACCGCGCGUUUCUUCGCCUUCCUCCAGGCCAUGAAGGCACAGAAGUAUGUUGAUGAAAACAUCCACGCCCCUGACCUUUCCAUGGUCACUCUCCCGCCGGACAUCAAAUAUUUCACUUAUGCCAGGGACAAAUGGCUUCCCUCCGACCCUCAGCUCAUCUAUGAGGGCCUCUACGCCAUCGCCGUGGUGCUGAGCUUCUCUCGCAUUGCCUACAUCCUCCCGGCCAACGAGAGCUUCGGUCCACUCCAGAUCUCGCUGGGACGCACUGUCAAGGACAUCUUUAAGUUCAUGGUCCUCUUCAUCAUGGUCUUCCUGGCAUUCAUGAUUGGCAUGUUCAUCCUCUACUCCUACUACCUGGGCGCCAAAGUAAACCCCGCCUUCACCACGGUGGAGGAGAGUUUUAAGACCCUGUUCUGGUCUAUUUUUGGCCUGUCAGAAGUGUCCUCCGUGGUGCUGAAAUACGACCACAAGUUUAUUGAGAACAUCGGCUAUGUGCUAUAUGGGAUUUACAACGUCACCAUGGUGGUGGUGUUACUCAAUAUGCUCAUCGCCAUGAUCAACAGCUCCUACCAGGAGAUAGAGGAUGACGCAGACGUGGAGUGGAAGUUUGCGCGCUCCAAGCUGUGGCUGUCAUACUUUGACAAUGGGAAGACGCUGCCGCCGCCGUUCAGCAUAGUGCCCAGCCCCAAGUCCUUCUUCCAGUGCGUCAGGCGCAUCGUCGGCCUCCUGCGCUGCCGGAGGAGGAGCCUGAAAAAAGACGUGGAGCUGGGCAUGGACAGCUCCAAGUCCAGGUUAAACCUCUUUACCCAAUCCAACAUCCGCAUCACAGAGUCACAGAGUUUCAACAGCAUUCUCAACCAGCCCACGCGCUAUCAGCAAAUCAUGAAAAGGCUUAUUAAACGCUACGUUUUGAAAGCACAAGUGGACAAGGAGAAUGACGAGGUCAACGAAGGCGAGCUGAAGGAGAUCAAACAGGACAUCUCCAGCUUGCGUUAUGAGCUGCUCGAGGACAAGUCCCAGGCCACAGAGGAGCUGUCUCUGCUCAUUCAGAAACUCAGCGACAAACUCAACCUCGGGCCCAUACGAUGCGAGUGACAAGAGUAGUGGGGUUGUGGGGUAGGGGGAUGGCUAUACUCACUGGGCCGGACUAGUCAGCACCACUGGCCGCGGUCCUGAGGUGUCCACCUCCGAUUGAAGAAAAGCAAACAUGGCCAAUGUGGACUUCACAGUGGAGUGUAUCUACUGUAUACAAGGCACAGCGCUGCCAGUGAACACUACUUAAGAAUCAUUCUCAAAGGCAUGCGAUUUGCUGCCUGAAUGUUAUUUUGCUAUAUGCAGUCAUUUUUUUGUUCAUCUGGGCACUUCUGUUUUCGUCAUUUUUGUAUUUGUUUUAGUGUUUAGUGUGACAUUUUCAUGUGUGUUUUGUCUUUGUCAAUAUCAAUGUAACUAAACUACCGGUAUAUACAGUAGACAUGUUCAAUUACUGAUAAACAGGAAGUAUACUUAUUAUUUAUUUUAUUCAGACAAUAAUCUGUCUAAGGGACACAACUGUAGGUUUGUCAUAGUUGAGAGUAUUUUAGCUUUUAUAAAUGUCCAGGUAGACAUAAACUAUGACACUCACUUUGUGACUCAUAUUAUAUCCAUUCUGUGGCCCAUGUGUUUUACCAGACCAAGAGGGAUAUUUUAAGAGACUGCUUUUGAAAUAAAAUGACUGCUUUUGAAAAAAUAAGUAGAAUGUAAAUGUAAUGUGCAGAUAAAAUGUAUAGUACCAAUUAUGAAUGCAAUGAUAUUGAAAGGCACUUUGAGUUUUCAUGCCUGUAUAAAGGCCUAUUCACACCAAGAACGAUAACGAUAACUAUAAAUAAAUAUCGUUCUUGUUAAUAUGAAUGACGACGU